UGAUCGUCAGGCAGCUGAUGAUGACAAGCAUGAGACUGAAGUUGGGCUGGGAUCAGAUUAUCAGUUCUUCGGUUUGGACUGAGGAGCUGUCACAUUCUUACCUGUGCAGGUGAUCGGUGUGUCAGCGCAUUCAGGUGAUACUAAACAUUAAAACAGGAGCGCUGUGUGUGCAUGUGUCCCUGUGAGUGUGUGUGUGUUUCUUUUGAACUUUAUCUGAUAGAAACAAGCUCAGAUCUGAAAACGAAGCGCGCGUCUAUGCGCGCGCACAGGUGACCCGCAGCGUGAGUGCGGAAGUGAGCGCAGUCAGUACCAGCUGUGCGUCGCGCUGUGUGCGGCGGUUCUGGUGUACUGUCGGUGAUUUUCUAGAUGGGUUGCUCCCUCUCAGCGGAGGCUCCGGACCGGCGGCCGGGGCAGGAGGAGGAAGAGGAUGCGUUGCUGGCGAGUCUGAGCGCGGAGAGCCGGGAGGCGAUCAGGAGCAGUUGGAGGGAGAUCCAGGAGGACAUCAGCAGGGUGGGCGUCAUCAUGUUCGUCAGGCUGUUUGAGACUCACCCGGAGUGCAAAGACGCCUUCUUCACCUUCAGAGACCUGAAUGAUGUGAACACCCUGAGGGCGAGCAAAGAGCUGAAAGCCCACGGCCUCAGGAUCAUGUACAUCAUCGAGAAGACGGUCGCCAGGAUCGACCAGGACGACCGUCUGGACCAGCUGAUCCUGGAUCUGGGCAGGAAGCAUUACCAGUACAAAGCCCUGCCAAAAUACUAUGAU